AUGGAAACACAGGUUAUGGAGAUGAGCAAGGAGCCAUUUUCAUCAGACGAACCUGAUGUGAGGACAAGGUCUCGGUGGGCCGGUGGGGAAUAUGUGGCCAUUGCGAGCGAUUUCUAUCUGCAUUAUUACGUUGGGCACAAGAGGAAGUUCGGCCACGAGUUUCUUGAGUUCCGCCCUGACGGGAAACUGAGAUAUGCAAACAACAGCAGUUAUAAAAAUGAUGUCACGAUCAGAAAAGAAGCCUAUGUACACAAAAGUGUGAUGGAAGAGCUAAAGAGGAUAACCGAUGACAGUGAAAUCACGAAAGAAGAUGAUGCAUUAUGGCCGCCUCCUGACAGAGUUGGCUGGCAGGAGCUUGAAAUUGUAAUUGGUGAUGAACACAUCUCUUUUACCACAUCAAAAAUUGGUUCUCUUAUUGAUGUAAAUCAGUCCAAGGAUCCAGAAGGUCUAAGAGUGUUUUACUACCUUAUCCAGGACCUCAAGUGUCUCGUCUUCAGUCUCAUUGGAUUACACUUCAAGAUUAAGCUAAGAUUAAGAUUAAAUUGCUGUUCAAGAUUAAAUUUAAAUAAACCUUUAGACAAUCAUGCUGAAGACGAUCCCAGGAUAAUUGUCCUUACCAGUAGGGCUACAUUAUUUGCAUUUGUCCUGGGCGAUGCAAUUCAACUUGGGGAUGGUGAUGACCCUUUUUCCUGA